UGCGCACCGCCAUCCAAGAUAGUGCAGAAAGAAGGUGCGCACUAUCAGUGACCAGACAAGUCGGAUGUUGACAUAAGAGAAAGAGACUAACGAUUUCCGCCCAAGUCUAGAGCCAAUAUGGAGAUGAUGUGCUCAAGGCAGAUGUCCUUUGUGUUUGUCAUGUCUCAGUGUAAAUAAACGUCUAUGUCCUCGUUGAGUUGCCACACUUCAGUUAUUACAAUUGGUUGUCAGAAGUGGGAUUAUAGGCAACUCAAUGAGAGGAGGUAGGAUUUACAAUGGCAGCUUUGAAACAAUUAGACCAACUCUCGGUUAGAGAGCUUAGGAAGGAACUUCGUAACCGAUAUGAGAUAAUUGGUGGUACCAAGGAGGUGCUUACAGCUCGUCUCCGGCAAGCCUUGAUUGAUGAAGACGAAGAUCCGGAGACCUACCUAUUUGAAAUUGAACCGGAGAUUUAUGAGCUUAUUGGCAAGAUAAAUGAAGGUAUUGAUGCAAUGUGUGAACAAAUGAACAGUAUGGGGAACAAGGUAGAUAAAAUGGUGUCUCAGCUGAAAGAAGGAGUAGACUCGUUGGUAAAGGAGCAGUUGCCUGUAGACUCGUUGGUAAAGAAGUUGCGUGGUCAAGACUGUGGUUGCACAAACAGUGGUGACGGAGAUGCUGGGGAUUGGAGCGCCAUCUGUGUCUGUGUUGUGGGUAAGUCUUGUGGUUGUGACUUUCAAGACGAGAAACAUGAUGGCGAUUGCUGUGAUGAUUUCAACGGGAUGUACCGAGUCGAACGGGAGGAGACAAAUGAAGAAACUGGGGACUGUUACGUGCCUGAAGCGUUUGUUCCUGUUGUACCUAUUACCAGUACCUUAACUGAAGUCUGUUAUGUGCCUGAAGCGUUUGUUCCUGUUGUACCUGUUACCAGUACCUCAAUGAGCCGGACGGAGCAAGACAACGUUGGGUCUGCGUUCAAGCCUGUUGCUAUGGACCUUAAAGACCUCUGCCUAUCUGCCGGUGCUCACGAGGGAAAUUCGAAGCUUGACAACUGCAUCCAGAGGUUAAGCAUGAACUGUACGUGCGGUGCAUCACACAUAGAAUUUAGAUGCCAAGAAAACCACCAACAGGGCAUAUGUACUUCUACCAUCAUCAUCGACAUUGGCAUUGAUGAAUGUCAAUCAAACCACUCUAAAUCUGAGCUGUCAAGAGGAAGAAAUUUUCCACUUGAACCUGAAGAGACCUAUAUUCUGGACGUGAGACUGUUAUCUGAGGAUGACUGCGGUGCAUUGGACUUUGUUUGCAGCUUGGCUGCAUGUGAACCUGCAGCUCCCUUGAGAGGCGUCUGUCGGGAAGGUCUGCUGAGACAGCAUGUCCGAUCAACGGCUGUGCUGAAGAAAACAGUGCUCGACACUAUCUCUUUGUGUGGCAAACGGCCACGUCAUCGUCGCAACAACAGCCUGGUUAACUGGAGAAAGAGAAAGCGGCACUGGAGGAGAACAAUGCGGAUGGCUUCGUGGGGAACACGCUCCCUGCCGCCUGUGGCUCCGACUGAUCAACCUCCACCUGAACUGUCAAACCUCAGCUGCAGUGUUUCUUUUCGGGACGAAAAGUGCUAAGACGGGGGCAAUGUUAUGACUUUGCCAUGCGCACCGCCAUCCAAGAUAGUGCAGAAAGAAGGUGCGCACUAUCAGUGACCAGACAAGUCGGAUGUUGACAUAAGAGACUAACGAUUUCCGCCCAAGUCUAGAGCCAAUAUGGAGAUGAUGUGCUCAAGGCAGAUGUCCUUUGUGUUUGUCAUGUCUCAGUGUAAAUAAACGUCUAUGUCCUCGUUGAGUUGCCACACUUCAGUUAUUACAAUAUGUAGGCUACUGCUGGCGAGCUGAGCAGACAAGCGUAAGCAACACGAUGGAGGAACACUCUAAAUGUGUUUCUCCAGAUGUGGUGCUUGCCCUUUAAAUUAAGGGUGUGAUGUAGAGAAAAAAUCUGAACAAUUAGACCAACAUGAGUGUUUCUGAGGCAUAAAGCAAUGUGGGGAGGAUGACAGCUCGACAGACCCCUGCUCGCUUUGUAGGCCUACUUGUGGUAAUACCUCAAUCGUCUAUUCCAAAAAGUUUUAGUCUACUAUCAGUUUACUAUCGGAUGCACUGGCCUUGGCGAUACGCUAGUCGAUUUCAUUAUCAAUGUUUCCGAUUCGGGAGAGUGUGCU